CCUCUGCGGGCGGGAAGCGGCCGCUCCGCCCCGCGCGCGCCAUGGCGCUGUCCCAGCCCGGGCCGCAGGAGCCCGAGGAGCCGUCACCGCACACCCGGCAGCAGCUGCAGGAGUCCGUCCCGUCGGGCCACGCCGAGCCCCGUUCGCCCCCGCAGGAGCCCCCCCCGGCGGACUCCGCCGAGCCCCGUUCGCCCCCACAGGAGCCCCCCCCGGCAGACGCCGCCGAGCCCCGUUCGCCCCCGCAGGAGCCCCCCCCGGCGGACUCCGCCGAGCCCCAUUCGCCCCCGCAGGAGCCCCCCCCGGCGGACUCCGCCGAGCCCCAUUCGCCCCCGCAGGAGCCCCCCCCGGCGGACUCCGCCGAGCGCCGGCCGAGCGCGGCCCCGGGCCUGGGGCGGCAGCUGCGGGUGCUGCUGACGCCGCUGCCCGCGGCGGCCUGGCCGCGCUCCCAAAAGCGGCUGCUGAGCCCCGCGGGGACCCGCGCCCCGGCCGGCAAGAGGCUGUGCCCGGAGCCCGACACCGGCCCCAGAGCUCCCCCCGGCUCCCCGCCCGGCCCCAGCUCGGCUGCCCGCGGCCAGGAUGGGCUGUGGGAUGCGGACAGUGACGGCAGCGACGGGGGAGACGCGGCUCCGGAUGGAUACUCCCACCUAUCAGCCUACGAAAGGAAAAGACUAAAGAACAUUACAGAAAAUGCUAAAUUCUUUGCUGCUCUAAAGCUGCAUGAGUCAGCUGCAAGACUUAACCAAAUUGCAACUAAAAGGCAAUCUCAUGUCACCAAAAGGCGCAAGCCUAAAAAGGUGGAGGAUGAAACAGCCCGGCGGCGAUCCAUGCGCCUGCUCCGAGUGGAGCCACUGGACAUUCCAUUGUUGGAGUCACCUGCCCGGCCAGGAGCAGAGGAAUAUCCUCAGGUUCCAGUCGGACCUUUGCCCAUGGUUCCAGAGGAUCAGGCAGAGAACAGUAAAUGGACAGAGGCCUUGCUGAGCACGUGGAUGAGGAUAAGUGAGCUGAAAGCAGAUGAUGCUGACCGGGGCACACCUGACAUAAAGAGGUACCAGGAGAGCCUGAGCAGCAUGGUGCUGAGUGAGGAGAACAUCAGGAAGGUGGUGAAAACCCGGGUGUGUUCCAUGGCCAUCCACCCUUCUGAAAGCACCAUCCUUGUGGCAGCUGGAGACAAGUGGGGGCACGUUGGCCUCUGGAACGUGAGCUGCAGGUCUGAGGAAGGAGCCCACAUCUUCAUCCCCCACAGCUUCCAGGUCAGCUGCAUGCACUUCUCUCCCUGCAACCCUGCUCACUUGCUGUCCCUCAGCAGUGACACUCUGCGCUGUGGGGAUGUCACCAGGGCUGUCUUUGAUGAGAUCUGCAGGAGUGAGGAAAACUUCUCCUCCUUUGACUUCCUGGAAGACAAUGCCUCCACUGCCAUAGUGGGUCACUGGGACGGGGGCGUGGCUGUUGUGGACAGACGGACCCCAGGGAUGUCGUCGGAGCUCUCUGUGGACACUGGCUUCAGGAGGAUACGGACAGUCCACGUGCACCCUGUGAACAAACAGUAUUUCCUGGCUGCUGGCUCAGUGGAUGUUUGUGUUUUCGAUGUUCGGUACCUGAAGGCCAAGGGGAACAAGCCCCUGAGCUCUCUCACAGGACACACCAAAAGUGUGGCCUCGGCCUAUUUCUCCCCUGUCACUGGGAGCAGGGUGGUGACAGUGUGUGCUGAUGACAAGCUGAGGGUCUACGACACCACAUCCUUGUCAUCGACUGUCACAUUGCUCAGCUCCAUCAGACACAACAACAACACGGGCCACUGGCUGAGCCGCUUCAGGGCCAUCUGGGACCCCAAGCAGGAGCACUGCUUCGUGGUGGGCAGCAUGGCACAGCCCAGGCAGAUCCAGGUCUUCCAGGACACCGGGAAGUUGCUGCACUCCUUCUGCAAUGUGGACUGCCUCAGCUCCGUGUGCUCCAUUAACGUUGUCCACCCCAGCCAGAACAUCCUGGUGGGGGGCAACUCCAGUGGCCGCCUUCACGUGUUCAAAGACUAGAAGUGCCUUAGAUCUGUAUUUUAUAACUUUCUGCUUUGACUUUGUUUAUUCCAUGUUAAGCAGUUCUGAAGCUGACUGUUGAUUCUCAGGACAGAAAUGUACUUUGAAAGUCUUAAAAUAAAUCGUUUAAACUA